AUGACCGGUAGAGGUGUUGAGUCAGGUUUGAUACAAGAAGAAAAAUGUUGUUCUGGUUGGUCCGGACACAAAUGCAAUGAACCAAUUUGUAACCCUCCUUGUGGCAAUAAUGGCAUAUGUAUAGGUCCUAGUAAAUGUGAUUGCCCACCAGGAAUUGUCGGUUAUCGAUGCCAUGACAAACUAAGUGAUUCUGACAACAAACAUCAAUUCUGUUUUAUUGAACCCAGUUGCUAUGGUGCAGAAUAUGUGUGUGGAAAAAGUAUGACGUUCAAAGAAUGCUGUAGUAAGAAUCUAACUGGGAGCUGGGGCAUUCCUGGCAUAAAGUGUACACCUUGCAUUGCUUAUGCUCACCCUAACUGGACAGAAACUUACACACGGUCACACAGUUGUAGAUCUUCCGGUCAAUACAGCAUGAGAACUUUCGAUGGCAGCUACUACAAUUUCGUUGGUAAUUGUUCAUACAGCCUUGUAGAAAUACCAGAUAUCUGUCAGAUUGAAAUCACCUUUAGAGACUGCGAAACAUUGUCUACAUGUCGAAAGUCCUUAAAAAUAACGACUGGUGCAGACGUUGUUUAUGCCGAAGGACACCACAUAGUGAUAAACAAACACAAAGUAAAUCUUCAUCAAGGAAUCAUAAAAGGAAAUUUAAUGGUGAUCAAGCGAUAUGACUAUGUUGCAAUUGAAAGUAGUGCUCCAGCGAUAAGAAUUCUGAUGGGAAAGAAUACCUUUAUUGAGGUGACACUUGGAGCUACAUUGAAAGGAAACACAUGCAUUCAGGGACUGUGUGGCAAUUAUAAUGGGAAUCAAAAUGAUGACUUUACGACACCUGAAAAAAUCAAAGAGGGAAAAGGAUACCUGUUUGCUGACUCUUAUGCUAUAAAAGAAAAUAGAGGCCAGUGUAUGACCCUUCCCUUGGCUCCUGGUGACAACAAAUAUCCUGAAUUGCUUAAAAAAUGUCAACUAUUAGCGGAAAAUCCCUUUCAAGCUUGUCACGAUAAAGUUGACCCCCUUAGAUGGAUCCAGUUAUGUGAUACAGGAAGUUCUCGAGCCAAUUCUUUCAAGGAAGCUUCAGAAAUUGUAUGCAAUAUUCUAGCUUCUUACUCUCGAGAAUGUAGUGCAGAAAAGAAAAAAAUUCUUUGGAGAAAGAAAGCAAAUUGCAUAAAAACAUGUCCAUCUGGCAUGGAAUAUGAUGAAUGCACCAGUGCUUGUCCUGCAUCUUGUCAUACCAUUAAUAUGACAUCAUCUGAAUGUGAUUUCUCUUGUGUACCAACAUGUCGCUGCAAACACAAUCUUUUCUAUGAAGAUGGGAAAUGUAUUACACAAAAGAAAUGCCCUUGUGAAUAUCAGAAUUAUAAAUACAAGUCUGGAGCAACUGUUAGAAUGCUAUGUAACAAAUGCACAUGUUGCAAGGGUGUAUGGGACUGCGAAAAGAAAAAAUGCCCUGCAGUGUGUACUAUUUAUGGAAGAUCUACAAUUGUUACAUUUGAUGGACAACAAUAUAAAUUAGAGCCUCAAGCUUGUGUCUAUUCUUUAGUUGAGCCACAUGACAAGUCUGUUUCUUUGAAAAUUAUGCUACAUUUUGGUCCAUGUAAGAGUAUCUGGAGAGAGGGUUACAACUGUACAUCUGGUAUCACUCUGGAAAGCAAUGAUUUCUUUCUUACCAUCAGCAAUAAAAAUGUCUUAGCAAAUGGUAGGGAAAUUCAACAACUUCCAUACAAUUCAAGAGAUGUAACUGUCAAGAGAGCAACUUCUUCCUUUUAUCUUAUAGAAGGGAGUGGAUUUCGAAUUCUCUAUAAUGAAAACAGACAAAUAUAUAUUAAAUUGGAUUUGGAGCCUUUUAAAGGAAAGAUUCAAGGACUUUGUGGCAACUUUGAUUUUGAUAUUACUAAUGAUUUCAAUGGGCCAAAUGGUUUGCCUUUGGAUAAGGUGUCUUUCACUCAAGCCUAUCUAUCUCCCACAUGUGAAAGACAACAAAGAGAAGAUGUUGAAGAAGUACCUUGUUCGUCACAUUUUAAUGACAAAAAGGUCGUUAAGAAGUAUUGCCAACACCUUCGAGGAAGUGCCACAUUUGCUAAGUGUAAUGAAAUAGUCCAGUCUCACUUAUUUUACGACUUAUGUAUGAGAGAUAUGUGUACACAACAUUCCAACAAAAACGUGGAAAGUUUAUGCAUUGCUCUGGAAGCUUAUGCCAGGGAAUGUGCUAUUAAUGGUGUCAUUGUGGAAUGGAGGAAAAAUAAUACAUUGUCUCAGUUAUGCCUCAUCUGUAAAAAUUUAAAAGUAAUAUUCAGAAAUUUAAGUACCCUGGGAAUUAUGGGUUAA